GACACAUUUCUGUACAGGACACAAAUGGACGAAAGCGGCUAAAAGUUGUUUUGCGAAGAUGUCAGGACUGUCAGAAAGAGAACGUGUUGGAUUUACAAAAAUACUGGGUUUAAUGACAACAGCCGACCUACUGUCACUCAGUGACACGGUCACUAAUAAGAUGAUAGUAGUGGAGAACACCAGAGAGGCUACAGAAACAAUUCUCUCAUUCACUAAAAAUGCUGAAGAGCUCCUGAGAAGGAAGAAGGUUCAGCGUGAACUGAUAUUUAGGUACCUGGCCAAAGAAGGUGUAGUGAUGCCCCCAAACAGUGAGAAACACCAGCUGGUGAAAAGGACGCUGGAGUUUUGGUCGUCAGCGAAGGUUGUGGUUGACAAAAGCCAUCAAGGAGAUGAGAACCGACGGCGACAGCCCACAGAGACAGCAUCAGAUUCCACAGAUAUGAAGGCUGGGCCAGGCUUUGACCCACUGGUCCUUGGGCAGCAGUUCUGCCAGUGGUUCUUCCAGCUCAUGAACAGUCAGAACCCUUCACUAGGCCAACAGCCUCAAGACUGGGGACCACAACACUUCUGGCCAGAUGUGAAGCUACGUCUCCUCUCUAGAACUGGCAGUGAGCAGAUGGAGGACUUUCUGGGCGCUGAGCUGGUUAGCCUUCGUCUUUUGGCCCUGUCCAGAGAGGAGCGCCUCCUCUUCAGUCCAAACCUGGAGCCUUAUGGCCUCAAGGCCCUGGCCUCCCCCCACGGCUUGGUGCUGGUGGCCGUGGCUGGGACCAUCCACAGAGAUGAAGCCUGUCUCGGCAUCUUUGAGCAAAUAUUUGGCCUCAUUCGUUCCCCACUUGAGAACAACAGCUGGAAGAUAAAGUUUGUCAACCUGAAAAUCAAGGGACAGGAGGCCCUCGGUGGGACGGAGGUGACAGCACCUGCUUUAAGCUACAACUCCAGUGAACUGCAGCUACUGUGCAGCUGAUGACAGUUAGGAUGGGUAUUUUAUGGACUGAGGAUGUUCUCUUUUAUUGAUUACACAUCUGUUUUGCAUGACCGCAUUACACUGGCAAGCUGAGGUCAGGUUUUGAAUCUGGAAACUUUACUGGCGCAAGGACUUAUGUUAACUUGUGUUACUUAUGAUGUUAAGCAUCACGUCAGAAUGUACAGGUGGGUAGACACGGUUAUGUCAUAGAUGCAACUUAAACAAAUGAUGAUGAUCAACGGAGGUUCCCUGCUUUUUUUUGGCAUUUUUGCUGUUGCCCCUUUUCUGGAAACACUUUAGUAAAAAUGUUAACCACACUCCACCUUUUUGCAAAGCAUGUUGUGCUUUGGCAGCCCGUGCCUUAUGUACAAUCUGACAUAAAUACAGUCAUGAAGAUACACUUGUAAGUAUGUAACAGAUUAUAUGCAAUGACACUACUUAUACUUGUUUGUGCUGCAAGGACCAGUAGGUCGCUACUCGCAAACAGAAGAAAUGUUGUGUUUCUUCACAUGACAAUAUAAAGUCAAGUAAAAUUGAUUUUAUCACGUAA